AUGGUCGUCAUCUUCACGUUGUCCAGCUCCGUUCACGGGGAAAAAGACCCCUGCUGGGAGAGUGUACCAGGCCUCAUGGCGACGCCGCUGAAGAAAGGAAAGAAAGCCUGUACCGAGUGUCGCCAGCAAAAGGCUAAAUGCGAUGUGUAUCUGAACCCCGGUCAACCUUGCUCUCGCUGUCUGAGGGUUAAAGCGGACUGUGUCGUUUCAGAUCCAUUCAAGCGUGAGCACAAGCGCAAGCGUCUGUCAGACCUCCAGCGUGAAUCAGAUGAGCUACGGCAGAGGCUGCAGACAUGGCAAUCCGUCGAUCCAGAUCCGUCUGCCGGGAUGUCCUUGCUCACGGCAGCUGCGGAGAUCGGCGGACGUGGUGGCCCCAGCAGUGAUUCUUUUUCAAUGUCACCUCAGGUGUCUUCAGAGUCAUAUACACCCCAGCUCCUGGCUCCUCAUGGCCUUACUUCCACGACCCCGGCACCGGUACCGGCUCCCAAUGCAAAUGUGCCAACAUUGCCUCGGACACUAAAUGGAGUGCAAGUGGCAGCCAAUGAGAUUGACGACUUAUUUGACCUCUUUUUCCGGCAUUUUUCCCAGUUUUUUCCUAUCCUGAGACCCAAGACAAAGCCCAACGCUUACUACGCCCAAUCGCCCCUUCUAUUUUGGGCUAUCAUAGGGUCAUCGUGUCGCGCGUACCCGCAAAACCCGACACUGAUGAUAGCAUUGGCACGCAGUAUAGUUGAAAUGGCGUUCCUUUCCGCGCUCUCAAAAUCCCCUCCCUGGUACAAUAUCCAAGCGAUCUUGCUGAUUCUGACCUGGCCUUUCCCGAGAGGAGAUCAUCCUGAAGUGGGGUUACCGCUGGGUGGAAUGCUGCUACAUAUUGCCAUGCAGAAUGGGCUGCAUAUUCCCUUGUCCAGCCAUGAGUUCUGUCGUGUCCAGCUCCCUGUUCCCUCCGAGGCGGAUCUACUACGUCGCUCGGAACUCUGGGCUCUGAGUGUUAUGACAUAUCAGAGGGUAUGCAUGCAAAAGGGUCAGCUCCCGCGCGUGAACCAGGCUCAGGAUCCAUCUCAAAGAUCAGCGAUUUUUGAGAAGAUACCGCCGUGGAUGUCUUUGAAGCUCCGUUGCCAAGAUCUCAUUGCGCGGUCCAGUGAGAUGCUACUGAAAAACGGCCUUGGUUUCAUGUCCGUAGACCGGGAACAGUCACUCGACGCUUUGCUGCUCUCAUAUGAGAACGAAACAAAGGAUCUGGAGCUCCAAGCGCAUACCGAUGAUCAGAGAUUCGAUGUGUUUUUCUGUCGGUUGACGAUCCAAAGCUUUCACUUCUACAAAAUCCAAACCAUAGCGUCUAGCGGAUGUUGUCCCCGGAUAGUCACGACUGCCUGCAACGUGAUCGACUACGUACAGUCGCUGACUGAUCGAGUGGCGAGCCUCACAAUGCUCCCUAACCAAAUAGCGUGGGGAUUGCUUCUAGCAGCAACGUCACUGACUCGAAUUCUCAAGAGUCAGUCUGCAGCAGAGGGCGUCGAGACCAUUCGGGCGCGAUCCUCGCUGUUCACGGCCAUUAACCUGGCCAAGCAGAUGUCUGUUGACAGUGCAGAUCUAUCUGCGAAGACCGUUACGGUUCUGACAUCAAUAUGGAACAGCAACAAGGCGUUCCGCAAGGCCGAUGGCACUGACUUCACCACUUUACGAAUCCGCGGUCGUUUGGCGCUGAGCCCAGUCUUGGAUGCUGUUUGGUGGUGGCGCGAUGAAUUCGAUCCCCAAUCACGAGUUCGGGCGAUAAUAGAUCCCCGCAGUGGCCGUGGCUACUCAUACUCUCAAUCCUCAUCCAUGAAAGAGAAUAAUGGAGAAACAGAGGAUGGGAAUGAGAUGAAUCGAUUGGGAACUGGCGCUACUUUGUCAUCCGGGGAUGCUCAUGAUCUCGAAGAUCCGUUGAUGAUCAACGAGCAAUUCAUAGCUGAUCUUGAGUGGGCGUUCGGUGAUGAUGCCUUUUUCUCCCUUGAUCCCCUGCCGCCCAAUUGGGCUUCCACCACAACCUUAUUCUGA